CUUAAGGUGGCUCUCCAUUCUGCAGCCCACAGAAAUAUACAUCAACAGAAAGUGAAUGUCAGAACUCCUGGGGGCUUCCGGGACUCAUUUUACAGCUGAGAUCAGCAGAUGAUUAUUAAUUGACUUCAGGCUGUGAUAGAGGUUGUGACAUUUCAGGUUGUUGGAGGGAGAGGAGAGGCGAGGGGGAGUCAGUGCCGCAGUGCUGCCUUCUGAUUGGCUGGACGCGCUGGACUGGACUAUAAAAGAAACUCGGGCAGGUUCAGAAGGAAGAACUCUCAGAGGAUUCCCACAGCAUUCUGUCUGAGACAAAAAGGCUCAAGCAAGAAGCGAAAGCCGCUCCUGCAGUGUUUCUCGUCCGUCUGCACUUUGAAGGCAAAUAAGAAAGGCAAGAUGUGCAAAGGACUUGCUGCCCUGCCGGCCACUUGCUUGAGGAGUGCAAAGGACAUGAAGCAUCGCCUAGGAUUCUUGCUCCAAAAAAAUGAUUCCUGUGAUCAAAAUUCUUCCCAUAGCAAGAAGGAGAAAGCAUCUUCUUCUCCGAGGGUGAGCCAUGAAGAAGUCAAGAAGUGGGCUGAAUCCUUGGAAAACCUGAUUAGUCAUGAUUGUGGCCUUGCAGCUUUCAAAGCUUUUCUGAAGUCUGAAUACAGUGAGGAGAACAUCGAUUUCUGGGUCAGCUGUGAGGAGUACAAGAAAAUCAAAUCACCCAGUAAACUCAGCCCCAAGGCUAAGAAGAUCUACAAUGAAUUCAUCUCAGUCCAGGCGACUAAAGAGGUGAACCUGGAUUCCUGUACACGGGAGGAGACAAGCCGGAACAUGCUAGAGCCUACAAUAACUUGCUUUGAUGAAGCCCAGAAAAAAAUCUUCAAUCUCAUGGAGAAGGAUUCAUAUCGCCGUUUUCUCAAGUCCCGAUUCUAUCUUGACUUAGUCAACCAAGCUGGUACCAACUGCUGUGGAUCAGAGAACCAGAAAGGAGCCAAGGCCCCCACUUUAGACUGUCCUUCUUUGGUCUCCCAGUGUGCCUAAGCCCCUAGGGGAGGGGAAGGGUCACACUUCCAAGACUCUCAUCUGGAACCCACUAAGGCAAAUUACUGAUCUGUAUUAUUAAGCAUCAGUGCUGUAAACAAGUGGUAGCCUAGUGUCCACAUCAUGUCCCCAUGACAGAGCUUGCCAUCUCAGCCACUGCAGGCAUGUGCAAUGGUUCCUCACCUGUAGAUGUUUGAUUUCAGUGUUUAAAUGUACAUUUGUCUUGGCAUUCAUCAGGGCAGAAACCUCAUCCAGGUCCCCUUUUCCUAGGUUUCCUUCAAGGUUGCCAUCUAAUUCUGUAAAACUCAUUGUCAGAGCCUUAAGAGCUUUCUGUCCAGCUCUUUGAUCCAGGGCUGACUGCCCUACAUCAUGUGGUAUCCAUAUGUGCAUAAUGUAUACUGUUAAUCAAUGCUUUAUGCUGUAGAUUUUGUAAGAGGGUGACCUAUAUCAUAUAUGCAGCCACAGCUCUAAGAAGAGAAAAAAAAGGACCCUAGGUGCUCAGAACUACAGUGUGUAUGUGUGUGUGUGUGUGUAUUUUUGUAUGCGUAUGUUUGGUACAGGUGAUCAUUGUGCUUUUAUCCAGAAUUUGUAUGGAGAAAACCAUACCUACCCUUUUCCUUUGUUAGGCAAGCCUAGAAAGAAAUCUCUAAGAAAUUGCAUGCUGAAUCUCUGAAUUCCAUAAAGAGAAAGCCUAAAAUGACCUUAUUGAACAGAUGGAGCAGAAGGAAACUGAGUGGCUCUUAGGGCCAGACUUACUGAGCCCAUGUUAAUGCUUCACCACUCUCUUGCCCAGCCCACAAAGCCCCAUGUUGUCAUUUCUCUUAGUCACUAGAGUACAAGGGGCUUGUCCAUCAUUCUCCUGGUAGAGACCUUUAUUAAGCACAUAGGUAUUUUGUGUGCCCUCCUUAAAUGAUGGCAUUGGAGGCAGAGAGGGAGGAGUAUUUGAACUAAGAGAAGAAAGCAAGCUUGGGUCCUUCUAGACCUCAUCAACAAUGGUGUUCUGUCCAAUCGAAAUUCUGUUCCUGUAAGAUCCAAGUGACACAGCAGGAUUUAAAAUGUUCUUCUCCACUCCUAUCUACUUUACUCUCAUCAUUUUGCUUCUUUCUAGCAAUGAUGCACACUUGAGGGAAAGGAAUCAUAGAGCUGGAAGGGUCUUGAUCCCUCUCAUCUAGGCCAGACCCCUCAGUUUAUAAAUGAGGAAAGUGAAGGCUGGCAGGAGGGAGUGAUUUUCCCAAAUCAAAUAAGAUCAUGUAUAUGAAAAUGGUUUGUGAAUGUCAUUUUAUUUAUUAUUAUUAUUGUUGUUGUUAAUAUCACCCCUCAUCAAAUAAGGUCCCUCAUCUAAUUUUGGCAUAUAGUUGCAAUAGGUUUGGUCUUAUCUCUCAAGAAGAGGAAAGCUUCAGUUUUAUAGAAGAAAAAGUGGUUUGGGGCAUCCCCAAAUCCCCAGAGUAAAUUUUCUUUGGGUUUCAGACCCAGUGAUUUCCUCACCCCACUUCCAUUCUCAUGUAUAGCCUGCAUACAAAGUCUGGCCCUGCACUGAUAGGAAUAUGAGAGGAUGUGGAUCAUGAGGAAAGAAGAAAAUGCCCAAGAUCUGGUUACUACUGUUUGGAGGGCAGGUUGAAUACUUGAAGACUCCUCAUUUGUAUUAUUUAUGACUUUAUUUUGUAUAAUUUUUAUUAAUGUUGUUAUGUUUUCUAAAUGCAAGGUGUUUUGUCAAAAUACUUUGGAAUAGUUGGGAACUAAUUUUCUUCUCAUUCUUCUGAAGCUGCCAUUUUAAAUUUGUAACCACAUUUUUAGAUAUAUGUAUAUACAUAUAUAAAUCUUUUCCAAAUUUUCAUAUGCACAAGCACCUUUUUGGCUUUUGAGUCACUCCCUCAGGCUACAAGAUAAAGGCAGGAGAAUAAGUUUGUGAUCUGCUUCUGUAUGUGCCCACCUAACACCAUUUUAUAUUAGAAAGGCAGGUUCUUUCUAUUAUGUCCUUCCUGUGGCAGUCACAUUUCACACCUCUCUCCUGAAAGAUGGCAUUUGGACUGACCUCUGACCCUCAUCUCCUCUGCUCUGCUGCCUCCCCCUCCCUGCUCCAUGUUGAACUCCAGGACUAGAGUCCCAAACCUAUAAUUGAAAUGUAGUUGUCUUGAUGUGUAUUCAUGAGCUGGUACUUUGUGUGGGGCAGAGACUGAAUGGUGCCCAGGAGUUCAUUCCAGAAUGAGAAGUAAAUUAUGUAAGAUUUUUUGGAAGUGUGGCUUUCAUUUGUAUUUUCUCCUCAACUCCAAGCUCCAUCUGCUCCUUCCAAAAUGUGCAUGAUUCCCCUUGAUACCUACUCUGUGUUGUAUAGGAAAGACCAUACAAUUCAAUGCUGAUGCUUCCAGUGGAAAAGAAAACACAGAUAUUUUAUUAAGGAUGAAUAAAUGCUUCAUACAAAA